UAUUGGUGAAAUGAAUACGGACGACACAAAGUGCAUAGAUGGUGAUGAUAUCUAGACCAUCCGGCUGAAGAGACAUGCUGAAGUUUCUCCUACACAUGACUGUUUGUUACGCACCAUUUUCUUUUGAAAGGAACGUUACCGAUCUUGUAUAAUACCAAAAAAAUAAUAAUAAAUAAACCUACCGACCUAAUUAUAGUAUAAUCAUUGUUCAUACUCAUGCUUUAUAGUAUAUUUUCAAAAACACAACACUGAGAAAACAACAAGAGUGAUGAUGAAUUUGUUAGGUGCAGUUUUAUUAGUAGCAACAGUUUGUGUUGCUAAUGCACUCUCAAAGAAUGAUUUUCCUCCAAACUUCUUGUUUGGUGCUUCUACUUCUGCUUAUCAGGUUGAAGGUGCAGCAAAUGAAGAUGGAAGGAAGCCAAGCAUAUGGGAUACUUUUGCACAUGCUGGCAAUGGAGGGCAGUACAAGGGAAACGGUGACAUUGCUUGUGAUCAAUAUCAUAAAUAUAAGGAUGAUGUCAAACUUAUGGCUAAAAUGGGCUUAGAUGCCUACAGAUUUUCCAUAUCAUGGUCAAGACUUAUUCCAGAUGGGAGAGGGCCAAUAAAUCCUAAGGGAUUGGAGUAUUACAACAACCUUAUCAAUGAACUAGCGAGUCAAGGAAUCCAACCACAUGUUACACUGCAUCAUUGGGAUCUACCACAAACACUUGAAGAUGAAUAUGGGGGAUGGGUUAGCCGAAGAGUUAUAAAGGACUUCUCAGCAUAUGCUGAUGUCUGCUUUAGAGAGUUUGGAGAUAGAGUUAAACAUUGGACUACAAUAAAUGAAGGAAAUGUGGAAUCUAUGGGAGGCUACGAUGUAGGAUUUUUACCGCCUCAAAGGUGUUCAUCUUCCUCAAUAUCUAAUUGUUCCAAAGGCAACUCUUCAACUGAGCCAUAUUUGGUAACUCAUCAUAUGUUGUUAGCUCAUGCAUCAGCUGCAAAACUUUAUAGGAUGAAGUACAAGGCCAAGCAAAGGGGAUUUGUUGGUUUUAAUCUUCUUGUUUUUGGUCUUGUUCCACUAACAAACACUAGUCAAGAUAUAAUUGCCGCUCAAAGAGCCCGAGACUUUUAUAUUGGGUGGUUUCUGAAUCCCUUCAUUUUUGGGGAGUAUCCUGACUCCAUGAAAAGGAAUGCUGGCUCAAGGCUUCCUAUCUUCACCACCAAGGAAUCAAAUUUGGUUAAGGGCUCAAUUGACUUCCUUGGAAUCAAUUUUUACUAUGCAUUUUCUGUUAAGAACAACCCGAAAAGCCUGGAGAAAAAGGAUAGAGAUUACACAACAGAUAUGGCCGUGGAGACUAAAACCUACACUGGAAAUGAUACAACUACAGAUGAGGUUCCAGUUAUACCAUGGAUUUUGGAAGAACUGCUUCAAUCAUUGAAGAAUGAUUAUGGCAAUUUUCCAAUUUACAUUCAUGAAAACGGUCAACAAACACGUAGAAAUUCAUCAUUAGAUGACUGGUCUAGAGUGAAGUAUAUGCAUGAAUACAUAAGGAGUCUACACGAUAUGUUGAGGAAUGGAUUGAAUAUAAAAGGUUACUUUGUAUGGUCCUUUUUGGAUGUGUUUGAGUUACUAGGUGGAUAUGAAGCAAGUUUUGGCUUAUAUUACAUAGAUUUGAAAGAUCCAACUUUGAGGAGGCAACCUAAACUUUCAUCUGUGUGGUACACAAAUUUUCUAAACAACAGAACUAUGGACUCAAAGAUCAUCAUGAAAAUUGAGGAGAAUUCAUCUAUCUCCAACACUCCCUUCAUGCAUGCUGACACUUAAUAUAAUUAGGACUAGUUAAAAUAAAUCUAUCUUUGAAUAAUAGAUGGAUAUAUGAAUGUCUAAUAUUAUCAUAUAUUAAGCAGUGUCGGUGUCAUAUGUUUUUGAAAUUAUCGGUGUCAAAGUGUCCGCAGCAUGUCUUGACCUGGUGUUCGUGUCAGACUCCUGCUUUAUAGAUAAAUACCAAAAAGUUAAUACAUAAACCAAUUCUCAUUAUGAGCUUUGUGCAGAUCUUAA